ACAUUUGUUCAUGAAUAUUCAUUAGCUGUGUGUUUAAUGGGAGGAACUUUAUACAUUCUUAUCGUUUUAUUGAUGAACUUGAAUACUCUAUCAACAUUGUCAGUACACGAUAUUCAUUUAUUAACACUUUGGCAUAUUUUAAAGAGGGACCACUGCAAACAUGUUGAUUUGAAAAGAAAAUUUAUAACGAUGCAGUUUUUAUUGUUGUUGAUUGUCGUGAUUAACAUUUAUCCAUCGAGUAGUUUUACCGGAUUUCGCAAAGAGCCCGAUAAAGAAACUCAACCAGAGGGUGGACUAGCUUAUUUCAAUUGUAUUGUCGUCAAUCUUAACGGUAUGGAAUACGUUUCGUGGAUUCACGAUGGUAAAAAAAUUAGUAAAGAUGGAACAAUCCUUGACAAAAAAUUAGAUGAUAGAUAUAAUGUCGAUAGUAAUGCUUUGCUUGGUACAUUUAAUUUGCAUAUUCGAGACGUUCAAAGAAAGGAUAGUGGAAUAUUUGUUUGUGCUGUAUUUAAAGGCAACAAUCAGUUGGUAGCUGAGUCGCAGCCAGCUAAUUUAACAGUGCUACAAAUUCCACGAGAACAUUAUCCACUUUGCUCUCCUAUCUUAGCAAGUUAUAAAAUUGGAGAAAACAUUAUUGUUACCUGUAGAUCAGAAAUAACAGACCCUCUUGCGGAUUUGACAUGGAAACGUAACGAUGGUGAGGUAAGGUCUUCACAAGUUCAAACAUCUAUCAAAACAGAUGCCUACAUAAUAUCGUAUUCAUUCAUUAUCAGUAAAAAUGAUCAAAGAUCCAUGUUGAUAUGUGAAAUGACAACCCCGGCAAAUACUGCAAUACGACGAAAUUGUAGUACUGGACCAAUCAAUGUUCUUUAUGCUCCACACGUGCGUAUCGAGCAAACGGACGUUGCCAUGCUCGGGAAAGAAGCAAUAUUUAUUUGCUACAGUGAUUCAAAUCCACCAGAAGUAACAUUUGAAUGGAACUUUAAUCCAGCACUCGAUGAAGAUAUGCAUACAAUACAAAAUGAACGCAUUUUAAGAAUUCUGAACACGCAAAAAGAUAUAAAUGGUACAAUUAUUGAAUGCAAAGUAACAAAUUCCAUUGGAAGUCGGUCACAGACUUCUAAAAUCACUAUUUUUACUUCUGUUUCAAAACCUACUGAAACCGCAUUGGGAAAGGAGGAAAUAAAAACAGGAACUAAAGAGAAUAAUUUAGACACAGAAAAGACCAAUAGUAAACAUACAAAUUCAGAGACUAUCAAACCUGUACACAGGAACAAAAAGAAUGAAGACUUCUCAAUAUCACUUAUUAUUGCCAUUGCAGUGGCAUGCAUCAUAGUAAUUUUGGGCCUAGCUCUAAUACCCGUCGGAUACAUGAAAUAUACACGACGACAGCCAAGUGACACCGUCAGUAGAGGAAGACCUGUUUCUAUACCUGAUGUAUACUUCGAGCCUAAGGACCACGUGGAUCCUAUGCUACCACAGUUAGGCUUAGCAGCUCCAUGGAUGAGGACAGUUGGAGUUCAAGUUCCUGGUGAAUGUGAAUAUGAUGUGACGUAUACACAAGUAUCACCACAGUCACGUCAGGCAUAUUACUCUCAGAGGAUGUACACGGCAGCAUCGCUUUAAUUACUUAAAUUAUAUCUAACAUAUCUUAA